GCGUCGAGGCGACGUCACUGCGUCGUCAGAGAAUUGGCAGAACAGUAAUUAAAAAUUGAAAGAGGUGUCCGAUCGGCCGGCUCGAUCGAGGAAUUUAAAGAUAUCCCCGUAAAUUUCUCCGGAAAAGGAUUGAAAAAUGUACAAGGAAGUGGGCAGGUACUGCGCGAGAAUCUCGAAGACGAAAGUCGGGAAGAACGGUCUCAGGAAUUUCUACACCUGCGGACAGAAACGAGCGGCCGUGCCCAUGUCGGUGAAACUUGGCACGGCGAGGUACCUGGACGCAGCUUAUGGAAGUGCCUUGGAAUUAGAUCGCUACCAUACUCGCGAGUACAGCUUCAUUCACGACAGCCACUACAUGUAUGCCAGGGAUCAGGAUCAGGCGAGAAAUGCCGAAGACGUUUUGUUCGACAUGUUCAAGAGCGAGGACACCGGUUUACUUCCAGUUGGAAAAUUUCUGGCCGCCUUAAGGACGACUGGGUUGCGAAAAAACGACCCCAGGCUUCAAGAACUGACGGACAACCUGAAACAGGAGCAUCUCAAAAGUGGAGGCCAUGAAGGGAUCUCCCACGAGACCCAAAAAUUGGACAUGGAGCAAUUUCGAAGGAUCAUCAACCCGAAUAUCGUCCUGAUAUCGAAGGCCUUCAGACACCAGUUCAUCAUCCCCGACUGGUCAGGGUUUACGAAGCACAUCGAGGACUUCUACUGGAAGUGCAAGACCAACACCGAGGGCAAGGUGGCCGCCUACAUCCCCCAGUUGGCCAGGAUGAGUCCGGAUUAUUGGGGUGUGUCAGUUUGCACGAUAGAUGGUCAGAGAUUCAGCAUCGGUGACACGAAUAUUCCGUUUACGCUUCAAAGUUGCAGUAAACCCUUGACUUAUGCGAUCGCCCUGGAAAGGCUGGGCCAGGAAGUGGUUCACCAAUAUGUCGGCCAGGAGCCUUCCGGCAGAAACUUCAACGAACUGGUCCUGGACGAUAACAUGAAGCCGCACAAUCCGAUGAUCAAUGCCGGAGCGAUUCUCGUGUGUUCCCUGCUGAAGACCUUGAUCAAGCCGGAAAUGACCCUUGCCGAGAAGUUCGACUUCACCAUGAACUAUUUCAAGAGAUUAGCCGGAGGCGAAAAUCUCGGAUUUAACAACGCGGUCUUCCUUUCGGAACGCGAGGCCGCCGAUAGGAAUUACGCCCUGGGCUUUUACAUGAGGGAGCAUAAAUGCUACCCGGAAAAGACGAAUCUGCGAGAGAUCAUGGAUUUCUACUUCCAGUGCUGUUCCAUGGAGGCCAAUUGCGAGACAAUGGCCGUUAUGGCUGCUACUUUGGCAAACGGUGGUAUUUGCCCCAUUACCGAGGAAAAGGUCCUGAAACCCGACAGUGUUCGAGAUGUUCUUAGUCUUAUGCACAGCUGCGGCAUGUACGAUUACAGCGGGCAGUUUGCUUUCAAGGUCGGUAUCCCGGCAAAGUCUGGAGUGUCUGGAAGCCUGCUGGUAGUAAUUCCCAACGUGAUGGGCAUCUGCACUUGGUCGCCACCCCUCGAUCAUCUUGGAAACUCUUGCAGAGGCGUCCAGUUCUGCCAAGAGCUCGUAACGGAGUUCAACUUUCACAGGUCACUAGACGGAACUAUUUUCCAAGUGGGAGGAAAAUCGGAAAUCGAGGAGUACGACAAUCUGAAGCAUGCGACCAACAAGAAAGACCCCAGAAGACACAGGUACGAGACGAAAGGAUUGUCCAUCGUCAAUUUGUUAUUCAGUGCCGCGAGCGGUGAUGUCACUGCCAUGCGUAGGCACCGGCUAAGCGGCAUGGACAUGACCCUGUCGGAUUACGAUGGGCGUACGGCCUUGCAUUUGGCAGCUAGCGAAGGACACCUGGACUGCGUCGAGUUCCUCGUAGAGUACUGUGGGGUCCCCCACGACCCCAAGGACAGGUGGGGCAAUACUCCCAUCAGCGAGGCAGAGACCUUCGGGCACACUCAGGUGGUCGAGUACCUGAAGAACUUUGCGAUGUCCCAUAAAACCGAGCAGGAGAACCAAGAUAAUCAGGACGUCAAGCCGACAGAGCCGAAGACCCGCGACACCCCUGAAGAAGUGCCCAGCGGCCAAUCGCCGUUACCUUAAGACACCCUGAAGAGCAAUGUUCGAUAGCCGAUGUAAAAGGAGGAGCCGAGGCGAAGGAACAGCCUGGGGACUGUAGAUUUUCGACAUUCCAUCCAGAGGCUUAGUCCCGUGUUUCUCCUACUUUCUAUCCACCGGUUUGGCAUGCGAUAGUCUUCGGAAUAGAGCUUCCAAGUUAUUUGAAAUUUAGCGACGCCCCAGAAAUUCGGUCUCUCUUUGGAAAUUUCCACAAAAGAAGAUUCCACCGAAUUUUGGGCUUGCGCGUUUGACAGCUUGUUUCGUACAUGUCCCUCUUCAAUGUCACUUUUCGUUUGCUUUGUUCAGGUGUACGGACCGACGUAAGCAUUUCCGUUCUUCGAUAGUCCUGGUGGUUCCUCCUUCGCCGGCCGACAUCGUAAGACGUCGGCGAUCCGAGUCUGUUCAAACACCCACCGGGGUUCAUGUACAUGAUGUAAACUAAGUAACAAUGUCAAUUUUUUUCGGCGAUGCGUCGUGACGCGAUAUCCAAAACGCGUGUAUUUACCCGCCGAUACGGAUACGUCGUUAGGUAGAUGUAGACUCGCCGAUCCGUGGACGAAAGACAAUAAUGAUGCGCCUAGAAGAAGCAUUUUGAGCUGGAGAUCUCCGAAUGUCCACAUUUUUCUACUCGCGGUCGCUCAUUUUCCUCCAACAACUGCCGGACUGAUUUUCGGUUCCAGCUCGGGUGAUACCGAGAACUCCUAUUAUCUCGGCUGAUAAUAAAUCGCAGCUUCCCGCGGGACGAUCGGAUUUUCCAGAUUUUCUCGGAUAAUCCGAAAGGGGAAUCCUCGAAUUUAGGUAGAAUUUUAAUAUCUUUUUCACUCCGUUCGUUGUAAGCGCCGUGCCACGGACUGGAAAAUCUAUCAGGGAAAUAUUGCAAAUGGAUAUUCGCACGCAAAGUGGUUAAUGGACGCCGUGAUAGUACGUAUAUUGCGUCGGAUAUUCUAAAUUUCUUUGAUAUCAGUUUUCGACCGACAACUCUGUCUAGAUUUUAGCCCGUCCUAAGCAACAUUCCUUAAACGACAUUAUGAGAAUUUUAGGUCGCGGUUUGGGAUGCCUGAAAAUGUUCAUCUGCGAAUUGAGGUUUUGCAAUAGUACUGGUAGACCGGGGCAAUUAAUUAUUACACGCGGUAAGACAGAACCAACUGUGAUUCAUGAGAAUAGUCUGUAAACUGCAGAAUUACCUCUCCAUGGUUAAAUAUAAGUAUUCGGAAAGGUGAAUAAUUAUAUUCAAUUUCGAAUUCUUCUGUCGUUCCUCUCGUCGGACAUUGUGCGUUUUCGCUGGUCAAUCUAGAAUUUCGUCGUUUCGUAGUUUAAGUCCAGGUCACUGUUGUAGCACACGAUAAUUAAUAAAUCGUGUUGUUCAGAAGUUUCGACUGACGUUCUGGAAAAUUCAAAUUUCGGAGCGCAUAUCGAUUCGACUCCUAUCGGCUGAUGUCAAAAAUUUGGACGAUUUCUGGCCGUGGCUUGUGCAAAUUUCUUUUGUGUGUCUACAUAUGUGUUUGCUUUACCGGUAAUGUAAGCCUUUGGUAGAAGGCCGCCAGUCAACGGUUAAAUUCGACUUCGCAACAAAUUAGGCGGAAAAAGAGAUGCAUCAUUUCUUUACCCUCCUUGCACUCCUCGAUUUUUAUUUCCCUGCAGAUUAGAGAGCGCAGAUAGUGGGGCAUAUUAAAAAAGAAAAAAAAAAUCGGGGCAUCCCCCAAAUACUAAAUAAUAU